AUGAAUGGAUUGGACCAACAGUACUAUAUGAGAACAAGUCGGCAUGGUCCUCCCUCUUCAUUAACAAACAGUAAUAAUAGUCCAUCAGUCAUAGGUAUUAAUUACAACACCAAUAAUAAUCAUAAUAACGGAGGGGGUGGAGGAGGAGGAGGAAGUGGAUCAAGCAACUCGAUAACAGGCGGAUCAAACAACAACAACAACCAAACUCCAGCUGUAUUUGAUCGUGUUACUUCAUUCUUUAGAUCAUCUUCAUCAUCAUCAUCAUCAUCAUCAACGGAUAAUAACAAUAAUAAUAGUGGUGGUGGUGGUAGUAACAACGGUAACUACAACCUAUCAUAUGCUAGUCCUUCAUCACCAUACUCUAGUUACAAUCAAUACUCCAACAGCAACAACAACAACCAAAACUCAAGUGGUAGCAACAACAACUAUAACAACUAUAACAACAACACUAAUACUAGUCACUAUAGUAUUGGAAGUAGUGGAGGAGGAGGAACAAUGUUACAAUCUCCAAAGGGAUCUACAUCCAAUUAUACAACGAUGUCACCACAUUCAUCAAUGUCAAUUGCAGCCAACAAGAGAUAUAAUGGAGACUGUAUUGUAUUAUCAGAGUUUAGUGAACAGACUGGACCAGUUGCAUUGACAGUGAUACCCGAACAACUACCUCACUAUGAAGGCUUUGAUAUUGCAAAGUAUGUGGUCAAGAUCAUGUCUGUCGACUUUCAAAACAAAACCAAUGACUUGCGAACCUACACCAAAGACAGUCAGAUGUUCUUUACCUUUUCUGCACCCAACGAUGCACAUGAACUCUAUGCCUACGUUCACCAUUUCUCAUUGUACGAUAUCUAUGCAAGAGGUUAUGUACGUCCAUUGGUCAUCAGUUACAUUACCAAAGAUCCUCACAAAGUUAUUAAAUUCUUUGACAAAUUUGUUCAAAAGUUUACUCGUGUAAUAACUGUAUUAAAACAACCAAAUCAUUUAUUAUUUGAGAAUGAGUUUAGUCAUAGAAUAAGAGAUUUGGAGUAUACUUUACAAUACUAUCAAUCAUCAAGUAUAGAGAUUGAUGAAAAGGAAAAAGAUAGUCAUAUCUCAUUUGCACUUGACUCCAAGUCAGAGUUAAAAGGUAUCGAAUCAUUAUUUGAUGAUGAAAGAAAAAAAGAUCAACAAUUACAAAACAAUGUAUUUAAUAAUGACAAUAAUAAGGACAAAGAUAAUAAUAAUGAUCAUAGUGGUCACAGUUCAAGAUCGACUUCUGGUGGUGGUGCAGUUGGAGUAUUAAAACGUAGACAUAUGGAACAUUUAUUGGGAAAGAUAUAUUACAAUGAAACGGUUACAUUGGUUGGAGAACCAAAACUAUUGGAUCAAUUACACAAGACUACACAUCUCGAUAAAGCAUUAAGAAAUGUAUCUGAUCUAUGUCCAGAUUCAUUUGAACCAUUUAUUCAAAAGAUGAAGAAAUGUCUUGAACACUUUUCAAAAUCUGCAAUUCAAAUGGAAUUUGAUACUUUGGAUAAUAAUUUAACAAAUCCAGCAACUACAUUAUUAUCAAUUGGUCAAACUUCAAUGUUAAACUAUCAUUUUAAUCAACAACAACAAAAUGAAAAGAAACAAAACUAUCAUAAAUCACAAAUGAAAGAUAUAUUAAAAUCAAAAUACAAUAACAAGAACAACAAACAUAUUAAUAACCAACAACAUCACCAUCAUCAUAGUGUCAAUAGUAAUCACAACAACCAAAAUAAUACUAGCUCCUACUCUUCAGAUUCGGGCUCCUAUGUUUCUGUAUAUUCCAACAAUUCACUCAGUGAGCAUUUCGAUCAAUUAUCAUUUUCACCAAACAUCGAGGACAAGUCUCAAUAUACCAAUUCUUCUUCCUCUUUACCUCCACUUCCAUCACCAAAUGAUUAUAAUGCAACCAAUAAUAAUAAUAAUAAUAAUAAUAAUAAUAAUAAUAAUAAUAAUAAUAGCUCAUUAUUUAAUAAUUUCCUAAAAUCUGUAUCUGUAUUUAAUAAUAAUCAAAAUAAUCAAAAUAAUACUAAUAAUAAUAAUAAUAAUAAUAAUCCAUUGAAUAGUUCAUCAUUCCAAAUUCAUCAUCAACAACAAUUACUUCAACAAUCACAACAACAACAAUCAUCACAAUUACAAACAAGUAAUGGAAUUAGAAAGAAUGGUGAUAUUAAAUUGGAAUCAUUUUCAAACUAUUUAUGGGGAGUACCUAGACCAAGACAUGGAUAUGGUCUGUUGAAAUUGGCAGCACGAUGCAAUUGGAUUAGACACGCUGUGUAUUCACUUCUCAAGGGACGACCAUUAUUGGUGUUGGGAUCGGUAGACAAGACCGCUCACAUUGUAUCGGUGCUUGAUAGUCUGUCGAUAUUUGUAGCUGGACAAUCUCGUGUUGGCAAGGAGCUAAUCGAGUUUAAAAAGACACCUCUUGUGUUGUCGGAUCUCGCUACACUCAAACUUAUUGGUGUGACAAAGUCAUCGCCCAACUACAAGAUACCGACCAAUAUCAACUGCUAUGUGAGCAAGAUUGAUCUUGAUACGGAUGAGUUUACCGGUCCGUUGUACAGUCAGACGAUGGGAAUCAUCGACGAGAUGCUCACUGUCAAGCGUCAAUGGAACGACAAUGAGACAUUGUACAUUAGCCAUAUCCAAACCAUCCUCUAUGAGAUGUCACUCAAGUCAUUCACCUACUACCAUCUGUGCUGUGCACAUCCUCAUUCUCUAUACAAGUUAUCCCAUCCUCUCCUUAGUCCCACUUCCCCCCUCUAUGUAAACAAACAACAACCAUCAUCAUCCUCCUCCUCUCAACCACAACAAUCUCCAAAUGCUUCGUCAUACUAUUCUCCUGGACGAUCUACAUCCAACAACUCGACGACACAACCAAACGAGAGUAAAGGUAAUAAUAGUGGUACUAGUAUUCUCUCACUAUCCACAUCUAAUCUACCCAAACCCGAUGAAAUGUUUGCGUCACCAGGUAGCAGUUUCCCCACCACCUUUCUUCCAUUCAAACCAGCUGCGCUCUACAGUAGCAGCGGUAGUGCCAAAAAACGACCAGCUGCUGCCAUUCCAAAAACCACCAGGUCACUUUCAGAGUCACAUCUCACUCCACCAACCCCUAUCAAGCCAUCUUCAUCGGUUGAUGUUGAAUUGACAGUUGAUGCAAGUGCCGAACAACAAAAUGCCAACACUGCCAACCAAACCAAACAUCCAAGUGGAAAUACAACACCAAAAGGUGCAAAUCAAACUGUUCCACCUAAUUUUGGUUUAUUGGCUAGUGGUGGAGGUGGAGGUGGUAGUAGUGCCUACCGUGGAGGACACCAAUCACCAAAUCAAUCACCACAUCAAACUUUACAUGGUCAUGGUAGUCAUGGAAUGUCACGUACCAUUGUAUGUGAUCCAAAACAACUAUUUAAACGUUGGGAAGUUAAUAAUGUUGCCGAUCAGCUAAUCAUCGAAUACCUAUGUGAAGUUGUAAAAGAUCAACAAUACUAUGAUUACUAUCAAUCAAAGAAUCAUAAAAUGGCACCAAUCAUUAAAUUAGAUUUUUCAUCAACCUCAACUAUUAAAAAUAGAAGAUAG